GUUGCUGGUUUGUUACAAAGUUGUCAUGCUUAUUUCAAAAGUUGGAAGUUCAGACAAAGAAGGAAGAAACUUUGCCACCAUCACUUAGUCAAAACAUUCCAACUUUCUAUUUUCCUCGAGGGUGUCCUAAGGAAAAAGUGAAUAUAGAUGCUGUAAUUGCCAAGAUUGAGAGAACUUUCUCUGAGUUUCCAAAUGAAAGGGCAACAUUAGAAGACAUGGGGAAGGUUGCAAAGGCUUGUGAAUGCCCACUUUACUGGAAAGGUCCUUUGUUUUAUUGUGCUGGAGGUGAACGAACAGGAUAUGUGUCGGUUCAUAAAUUUGUUGCAAUGUGGCGGAAAAUACUUCAGACCUGCUAUGACGAUGCUGCAAAGUUUGUUCAUCUUCUAAUGAACCCUGGAUGCAACUAUUUGGUGCAAGAAGACUUCAUUCCUUUUUUACAGGAUGUGGUGAAUAGCCAUCCUGGCCUAUCAUUUUUAAAAGAAGCAUCUGAAUUUCAUUCUCGGUACAUUACCACAGUUAUACAGAGAAUAUUUUAUACAGUAAAUAGGUCCUGGUCUGGGAAAAUAACUUGUAACGAGCUCAGGAAAAGUAACUUCUUGCAGAAUGUGGCAUUGUUGGAAGAAGAAGCUGAUAUUAACCAGUUGACAGAGUACUUCUCAUAUGAACAUUUUUAUGUUAUCUACUGCAAAUUUUGGGAGCUGGACACAGACCAUGACCUCUAUAUUGAUCGGAAGGACUUAGCUCGACACAAUGAUCAUGCAAUUUCAAAUAGGAUGAUAGAGAGGAUCUUCUCGGGAGCAGUAACAAGAGGUAGAAAAGCACAAAAGGAUGGGAAAAUUAGCUACGCUGAUUUUGUCUGGUUUCUGAUAUCUGAAGAGGACAAGAAGACACCAACUAGCAUUGAAUACUGGUUUCGCUGCAUGGAUCUUGAUGGAGAUGGUGCUUUGUCUAUGUAUGAAUUGGAGUAUUUUUAUGAAGAACAGUGCCAAAAAUUAGAUAACAUGGCAAUAGAACCUUUACCAUUUGAAGACUGUUUAUGCCAGAUGCUGGACCUUGUGAAGCCACAACAUGAAGGAAAAAUUACUCUGCACGAUUUAAAGCGAUGCAAAUUGUCAAAUGUGUUUUUUGAUACUUUUUUCAACAUUGAAAAAUACCUUGAUCAUGAACAGAAGGAUCAGUUUUCUAUGUUACGGGAUGGUGAAGGUGAAAGCCAAGAGGUCUCUGACUGGGAGAAAUAUGCUGCUGAAGAGUACGACAUCUUGGUAGCAGAAGAGGCAGCGAGUGACCAGUGGAGUGACGGGUAUGAAGCAGAACUGAAUCCUGUAGACCUUCAGAAGGCCAAUGUCCUGAAGUAUCAAAUGGAAAAAAGACCAUUUUUUGAAAUGCCUUCCCACCUGGCUGAUGUAGACUUGGACGAAUAUGACUACGAAGAGGACUUUGAGUAGUGGUUACUUCCAGCCGACACUUGUGGAAGAGAAGGGACAGCCUGCAGCAGGUCUGCUACGCACCCCAAUACCCUUCAGUGGGGUUUGUUUCCAGGAAGUUGAAUUGGGUUUGUGCUAAAAAUAUUUAAUCACUACACUACCUUUUAAGUAAAAGAAGUGCAUUUGUAUGGAAUGAUGAAACUUUUUGUAUUUAUUCAAUAGUCUAUAGUUUGUAAAAUAGAUUAAAGUAUUUAUUUACACAUGUUGCAUAAUUCCUUGUUGGAAG